UUUAAUUAUUCAACAAGAUUAGAAACCCAACAACUGUAAUUUAGGGAGGAAGAUUUCGAGCAUUUUUUCCCUUUUUUUUUUGUUUGUCUCAAAUUCUUUAAUUCUCUGUUCCUCUUCCUAAAGCAAGGUGGAGAGAAUCUAGAAAAAUGCCCAUUUCUUUCCUUCUUUUUGAUUUCCCCUAAAACCCAGAUGGAAGAAACGAUUUCAAAUAGAAAAAAAGAAGAAAAGAGAGAGAGAAUAAAGUGAGUGUGAGACCGGAUAUUGACAAAUUUCGGGUCACUUCCUUAGAAGAAGUUCGCUUGUUGUUUAAUUUGUAUGGAGAUUUCUUAUCUAGGAUCUCUCUCUGAAAACAAAGAGAGCUCUAUCUUUUCAUCUCUCUCUAAGACUUUGCUGUUUCGUUUCCCAGAGCGAGAGUGGCCCAGCAGAUCGAAAUCUAUGCCUUUUUUCUUCAACCCCAUGACGAUCUAAAACCCCCCUUUCAUGGCCUCCCAAAACUCCCCUCUUCUUCUUCUUCUUCUUCUCAUUGUCGAUAUGUAUUGUAUUGCUUCAGUUUUCCAUUUCCCCCUUCUCUUAUUGUCUUUGACGGUGGGAGUGCGAUGAGAUUCUGAAUUGCUGCGAUUGUACGAUGUUCGGUUGAGGGAAUGGGGACUAAAGUGCAAUGCAAAAGUUCGUUGCCAGGAUUCCACCCAAUGAGGGAACUUAGCAAUGAUUCUAAUAGUCAUAGUUGGCACCUAUUUUAUGGUGAAAGAACAUUUACAAAUUCACAAUAUCACAAUGUGUUCUUGCCAAGGGCAAGUGCAAAUGGAUAUCUAGGUGAUGAUAAGGAUGUGGUGAAGCAGAAAAUGCUUGAACAUGAGGCCAUAUUUAAGAAUCAGGUGUUUGAACUACAUCGCCUAUACAGAAUACAAAGAGAUCUUAUGGAUAAAAUAAAAUCUACAGAACUUGGAAGGAAUCAGUUGCCUGCAGAUUCAUUGUUUUCGUCAAGCCCGUUAGCAUCUCACGUUACUUCUGAGGAUGCUUCCAGACGAAAUCUGCCAUGUUUUCCUGUGGCAAAUUCGUCUAGUGUCAGGCUUUCUUUUUCAGGUGUUGAAGAAGGUCGUUCUUCUUUGAAAUCUGUAAAGGGAAAUAGCCAAAAACCUUGUUUCUUUCCACCACAAAAUGAAAGUACCAUGAAGGAAUCGCAGACUCUUGAGUCGAAACCAAGAAAACUCAGGAGAAAAAUGUUGGAUCUUCAGCUUCCUGCUGACGAGUACAUUGAUAGUGAAGAUGGGGAACAGUUCAGCGAUGGAAAUGUACCCGACACAUUGAGUCAUAAUCACAUAAAGAGUCAAAAGAUUGAGCUUGAGAAAGAUGUUAAAUUAUAUGCUGAUGACGGUGAGAAGACAGGUUGCCCGCAAAAUGCUCGUAAAUCGGGCGUGAGUUGUUUAACUGACUUAAACGAGCCCAUUCAAAUUGUAGAAACCAAUACUUCACCUUAUGUUGAUCCAUCUUCAGGGCCAAAGUCAGGUCCUAUAGAUUUGCAGAGGAAAAGUUCUAUAAGUACUGAUAAUGUGACAGGAAGUAAUCUGCAUCCGGAUAACAACACUAGUAGAGGAGGAAUUUUACCCCAUUUUCUUGUAUCAGGGCAUAGUUACAGCCACAAGAAUUUUUUUUCUCAAGGACUCCAAACUAAAAUGUGGCCUGUUUCUUCUCAGCCAAUGCCAAGUUUUCUCAGUGAAAUUCAUGAAGCUCCACCUUUUCACUCAACAGAUAAAGUUAGAGAAGAACAGUCGAGAGAGGGGUCGGUUUGUGGUUUGAAGUUUGCCAAAAGAAGUCACGAGAUCAAUGGUGAACUGCCAUGCUCUUUCGUGCCUUCUCAUAUGUCUGCACCGCAUCUAGCUGCUCCCGAUUUUAGUAAAUCCUGGUCUAACUCCAAUUCUUCUUGGGAAAGUGCAACUACUAACUUCCAGAAGUUAACAUCAGCACAAACUCAGCAAUGUUUGAAUUUGGCAACCACCACGCACAUGAGUUCUCAUUCAUCAUUUCAUGGUAUGGAGAGUGUCAGAGAAAGGUGGCUUCUUAGUAAUGGCUCCCGACUUAAUAAAGGUUCCGAUAGCGGGUUAUCUUACCAUAAAAGGGCAUUUCUUGGGUCUCCAUCGGAGUACAAGGAAGAAGCAUGGCACCCCGCUUCUAUCAGUUACAACUAUUGGAAGCAGGGUAAUGAAAACAAUCAAGCUCUCCUCGAGGAUUCAAAUUCUAUGGACAUGAAUUGUCAAAAAGAGGGAAAUUUUAACAUGGUGUUUUCAAACAGUUCAUCCAGUCUAUCAGAACGGAAGGCUGGAGAAACUUGUGCAUUGUUACCUUGGCUCAGAGGUACAAUUGGUGAAAACACUGAAACUACUAAUUCAGGGAGGUUCUCAAGUGCUGAGGAGCUUAGCUAUGUUAGAUCUUCAAUAAAUUCUUUGCCUGGUAAAAAUUAUCAUUCAUUUCACAAUGGCAUUUUCAACAAAGAGUUUGAAUCCGACAGGUCUCCAAAGAGUAAAAAACUUCUUACACUACCAAUUUGUGAAGGAAUAAUGGAUUCUAAGAGAGCGGCGUCUUCUCUUGCUCAACCCUCGGUGCCAUCUGAAAUUGAAGAAAGCAGGGACAAGAGAGUUUUUGAUAUCAACUUGCCCUGUGAGGAUCCUUUGGUUGCUGAACCAGACAAGCACCUUGUGGCUAACAAGCUACACUCACAGGAACUGAGAGAAAGAAAAGUUUCCAGUAUUGGACUUAUUGAUUUGAACUUGAGUCUAAGUGACGAUGAAGUGUCUUUGAGAUCGACUCCUAAAAUGACUGUCAAAAGGUGGAGAGAGAUUGAUUUAGAAGCCCCUGCAAUUUCUGACACUGAGGAUAUUGCUCCUCCUGAAGAAAUUAUAGAAAUUAAGCAUGAAUUAGCUUCAAAACCACAAUGCAAAGCCAUAAGCCAACAGGAAAAACUCAUGGAGUUAGCAGCAGAGGCAAUAGUUUUCAUUUCCUCAUCUGUUUGUCACAGCUACUUGGAGGAUGCAACCUGCAAUGCAGCACAAGAUUCUAUGGACAAUCCCCUUAAUUGGUUAGUGGAGAUGGCGUUCCUAUGCGCAAAUGAUUGCGAAAGCGAGUGUCAAGCAGAAUUGAGAGCCAAACCGAGUGGUGACCAAGUGGAAUCUUCCUCAGAAGGGAUGGACUCCUUUGAGUCCAUGACAUUGGGACUAAUGGAAACAAAUGUAGAAGAAUAUAUGCCUAACUCCCUGGUUCCGGGGCAUAUAACAAUGGAAGAAAAAGCAACAAAUUUGGUGCAAAGCCGUUCUCGAAAAGUCCAAGCUAGGAGAGGCAGGCAACGGAGGGACUUCCAAAGGGACAUUCUUCCUGGACUUUCUUCUCUAUCAAGACAAGAAGUUACAGAAGAUCUUAAUACAUUUGGAGGACUAAUGCGGGCAGCGGGUCAUGCGUGGAAUUCAGGCUUGACCAAGAGGAACUCAUCGAGAAAUGCUGCCUGUGGCCGGGGAAGGCGGCGAUCUGUGGCUAGCCCCUCUCCGCAGCCCACUGAGAAUCUUCCACUGCUGCAUCAGUCUAGUAAUCCUGAGAUUGGACUUGACAACAAGAGCUUAACAGGGUGGGGGAAGACGACUAGACGGCCCCGCCGACAAAGAGUCCCGGCUGGUAAUCUUGCAGCUAUUGCUUUAGUUUAGACAUGGUGUUAAAGAGAGUCAUCAAUUUAUUGAAUGGACUGUCAAAUUUUCCAUUGUACAUUUUUUAGCUUAAAUCCUUGGCCUCACAUGUUUAUCUCUGUUGUUUGCCAACUCUAUACCAUAUCAUAAGAUAAUAGCAGUAUGUUAUUUCUUCAACAGAUAUAGCAGAAACAUUACAAUUGGAUAGUUUUACCAAUGUAUAUCUCUUGCUUAGAUUACACUGAUGAAUCUACUGGUGUCAAA